UCACGUUCAACUCGCAUCCACUGCUCUUACACAAAUCAACAUGGCGAUCCAAUCGACCUUCCAGCCCACACCUCCUGUCCGCACAUCAACAGUCGACUCCCAAAAUACACAAGGAUCCGGCCAGAUGUCACCUCCAACAUCCCCCGCAUUACCCUCCCGCACAGCAACCGCCUCGCCAACAGAAGACUCCUUCUUCGGCGCAAUCACAGCACGCAUGCGACGCGACCGCUCACGCAGCGCUUCACGUAGACGCGACAAGUCGCCCAUGGUCAUGCCGCCCGUGCAAGUCCCUUCCACCACAACACAACCCCGACAAGCGACAAAGGCUGCGCAACCAUCGAGACCGAGCUUGCAGAGCGAAGGCCGGAGGAGCACAAGUGGCAGUGAUCCGUGGCGGGGACGGCAUUCGAAUGACUGGCUGUUCAACGGGUUCUCGGUGACGGAUACGGCGAGAGAUAUCUUUCGGGUUGGAAGGAAGUCGUAGGUGAGGAGGUGGGCUCGAAUACUGCUGAAUGGUAGCACACUGUUGAACGGGUGUUGAGUAGCCUCUUGACGACUUUUAUGAGAUAUAUGAGCAAUGAUAAUGAUAUGGAUUGAUGUGUGUAUGCUCCUGCGUGAGAUAAUUGUUUUUCAUGAGCCUCAAACUUUGUAGGCUGGUGUACUCUCCUCGGGAUGACUCUACCUGUCUCUUCUAAAGGUCUUCACAUCACCUUGAAGGAGAAUUGGAGCAGAGAAUACCUUUUGAAAUUUGAAGGUGUGAGAUGCGUUGCUUGGAUUACACCCCUCAUAUAGACACAUACUUGAUACGCGAUGAGAACAGCGUUCCCUGACGCCGUAACGACGACUACACACUUGCGAUGCAGAAGUUUAGUCGUGAUCAAGAGAAGUAGAUCCACAACCCGUCUCGCAC